AUGACCACUCCUCUACCAACGAAACACCUCGUACAUCUCUCCAAUCUUCUCUACGGCAUCAAUCCAGACCAGCACCGUUACUACAGUCUGAACCCUCUCGGCAAGCCCACUAGCGACAACCCACAACAACAAAGCCAGAACCCACCGCCUAUCCCCUCCGCACCGCCUAUUCCCUCUGUGCCCUUGUCGGAGUGGACUUCAUUCAGCGACGACAUUGCUUUUGGUAUGGAGGCGUUUGAGACCUAUCUGGAGCCGGAUCAAGAGACCAGAGCGCUUCUCAAGACGGAAGUAACAUCCCUUCGUCCUCCCGUCAUCCCUCGCACGACUCACUCAAACGGCAAUGCCCUUGUUCUCUCCCGCCUGCUUUCGCAGGUCCUCCCGGCUGUAAACUGCCUUUUGGAGGAAGGCCCAACUCGCUUUCAGCAUGUGUUUUGGUGCCUCGGAGACCAAGCCAGCAACACUGCCGCCUACCAGCUCGAGCUCCGUCAUUCGUUUCCGGACUCGGACUGCAUUGACACAAUGGCGGUGUGCACCGUGGUUCCCAAUGUCGCCGUCUCAAACCUGAACGCGGUAAUGGAAUGUCGCAUCACGAAAGACGGUGUGGUAGUUGCGCACGAGCAAGAGGUUCCGGAGCAAGAGGACAAGCCACCCCUUUCACCUGAAGAGACGUACAAGAAGAGCUGCAAGAAUCGCGAUCGCCAGCAAGCUGGCCGAAUCACAUCGCUUCUGCAGAACCAUCUUUCGCAGCUGUCAGGCAACAUCAAGUAUGGCAUCAUGACUGAUGGCAUCAUGUUUGUGCCCUCUCGUCGCAUUGGAGACUCCACCGCCACGACUGAAUUCCAACUCGGCCACGAGAUGAAGCCUGCUGUCGGAGCGCUGCUGGGCAUCACCUACUUGGCACUUCAAGGUGCGGACGUUCCGCUCUAUUUCGACGACGCCCUUAAGAAAGAAACGGUAGACCAUACCAGCACUCAAAGCACCAUAUGGGCGGCACUCGCCAGGGCACAGAAUGAUGUGCAUGUGGACCAGUCCGAUGAGUCCGAUGAGUCUGACGCCAUGGAAGGCCUCGACCCCCAAGAUGUGGCAGUGGCGGAGACCCUCGAGGGUCCCGAAAUCGGCAUCCCAAACGGCUACGAAGUGAACGUUUCGCCACCAGUGGCAAUUGGCGGACCGUCCUCCCCCGACCCUCUCGCCGACAACCAAGGCAAGAACGAACUUGCUGGAAACCAGUGCAGCACCGCGGCUGAGCCGCAGCCCAGCGGUGAAAGCUUCGAGGCCACUCCUGUGGCGGCAGACAAGGCUGUUUGUAAGCAAGCUACAGCUUCCGGGAGUGACACUACACCUGCCCCAUCCCCCGAACUGGAUCACAAGAGUAUUUCCAGCGACGCUGAAGACGUACCCAAAGACCAGAUAUACACACUGGUGAUCGAAAUGGACUCGCCCAAGCUCACGGAUCGUGGAGACCAUGCCUUCGAACACGUCCACGAGCUCAAGUACCCCUUCAUUGGCCCCGGCGACAUCACGAACCGCCACCUCCCCAGUCCCGAACAGCCCCUCGUGUCGCCCCCCUCGAUCCGCCUGACGCUCGCCGAGUUCCGCUCCCAGGGCACGGUAUGGGACUGCUUCACAACCUCGCCUCACGGCAUUCCGGGCCACCCUCCUCUAAUCGUCAAGCUCACCGACCCGAGAGCGUCCAGCAGCUCUUCCAAGAUUCUUCCGCGUGUCCGCAACAACGUCCUGGGCGAAGCCAAGCUUGCCGAGGGUGCGCUGAAGGAACUUCAAGGCAAGGUGAUUCCGCGCUUUUACGGACUGUUCGGCUCGCUCCAGCCGACAUGGGCGUACGCGUGGGACAAGAACGACAUUUGGGCCUCGGUGUGGGAGGACGCUGGUGUAGAGAUGCGCGAUGAGUACCAGUACAACGGCCAUGUCAAGCGUGCGGUGCUCAGACUGUACAACGACCUGCACGCUGCCGGAGUCGUGCACGGCAGUGUCAAAUGGUGUCACAUCCUCAAGUCGGGCGACCAGUUCCGUAUCGUCGACCUUGAGAGGGCGACGACGCGCGCCGACUACCGUCAGCCCGAGGACUUUGAGCCCAGCUGCAAGGAGGAAAUAAACGCCGUCCUCCGUCUCUUCAAGUGUUAG